UUGAAAUUCAAAUUGUCGACUCCAAAGCGGGAAUAAUAAUAGAAGGCAAGGAGCAGAGUACUCGCGUUUUCUUCUCCAUUGUGCAGAAAGCCAGAAACUCACUGCUCAGCAACAAUGUCGAAACCCCAGCAGCAUCAACCUCGAAGCCUUAAUCAACGACAUAAUCAGAUUCUCAUAAACCUUUCCGCUUCCCAUUCUAAACCCCCUCCUGAUGAUAUGACAAAAUUGGAAGCUAGACGAUGUUUCAAUCAGAAUGAUGGCCUUCCCACUUUCUCUUUUACCACUGAUUCCGAUUCUUCUCCUUCUCCCGUUCGAUUUUCUUCAAAUGGUAUAGGAAACGACGCCGUUCCUAGUUUCUCUGGGAUUGCUGAUUUCAGUCCUGAUUCUGCUACAUAUUCGCCUUCUGGAGAGGUAGAAGAGAUUGAUGAUGAAUCGAAGAUUAACAAUAUUAGUGAAUUUGAGAACGACGCCGUUCCUAAUUUCUCAGACAUUGCUGAUUUUAGUCCAGAUUAUGCUAAAUCUUCUCCUUUAGGGGAAAAGGAGAUUGAUGAAUACAAGCAUGAAAUUCAAGAGGAAUUAAGUGACCAAACCGAGGAUUCUUUCGAUUAUCAGAGUUCUGGAGCCGGGGAAAAGGAGAUUGAUGAACCCAAGAAAGGAAUUCAAGAGGAAUUAAAUAACCCACCUGAGAAUUCUUUUGAUUCUCACUGCUCUGAGAUCAGUUAUCUUGAUAGCUCAUCUUAUUCUGAGGAAAAGGAGAUUGAUCAACCAACGAGUGGAACCAAAGAGGACCCACUAUUAUCUAAAAUUGAUGAUAACAGUUCUUCCCUAUCUGUGGAUAUGGAACAGUUCAAAGAUGUGCGUGAAAACUCUAAACUCUCUCAGGAAGGCCAGAAGGAUUACGAGAAAACAUCAAAUGAAGGAGGGGAGAAAAUAAUGAAGGUGAAGAUCAAAGGUCGUCGCCGCCUUUGUAAAAUUUCAGAGGAUAACAAUGACAGUGAGGAAAUGAAGCUAAAGGAUAAUGAAGAGUCCGGAUUUCUCGAGAUAACAGAUUUUGAUUCACCUCCUCCCCAGGUGAAAAAUGCAGUUCAGAAUGAACACAGUAGUUGUGGGAACGAAAUAAGGGAUAUCCUGAAUGAUUUAAGUUCAAGACUUGAGAUUUUGUCCAUUGAGAAAAAGAGGGCACCGAAGCCCCGUGAUUUGACUAAGAAUGAAAUUCUGGAAUACCAAAGUGCUGGUUCCUCCUUUUCACUUUCUUCUGGUUCCUCAUCUGAUUCAACCAAGGAAUCUAGGAUUGGAGGAGAAAUUCACAAGGAGUGUUUUAACGAGAUCGAUUCAGGGGAUGAAAUUAAGAACGACUGUGUCGUCCGGAAGUUCAAUGAUACAAGAUCUUAUGUUGGAGCACCAAAGAGGAAAGAAGUUAAGCAGGUGGUUGGAAAAUCACAGCCCAUGAAGAACUCUAUUUCUGCCUACAAAUUUCUGGAAGAAGGAGAUACUAAUGACAGUGAUGGUGAUUGUGUGGUUGUUGGUGACAAGAGUGCUGUCACUCAAGUGGGAAGACAUAACAGGAAGGUUAGACAUGAGCGUAAAUGUUCAGAUGACUUGGAUUCACAUGAUUUUGUUUCAGAGGAGGAUCACACUUACACACUCAGUGGACCAAAGUUUAAUUAUGGGUUACCUGGUAAAAUUGCCAAAAUGUUGUAUCCUCACCAACGUGAGGGUUUGAAGUGGCUUUGGUCUCUUCACUGUCUGGGUAAGGGUGGUAUUUUAGGCGAUGACAUGGGUUUGGGGAAGACCAUGCAGAUAUGUGGCUACUUAGCUGGAUUGUUUUAUUCAAAGUUGAUAAGGAGAGUGUUGAUUGUUGCUCCCAAAACUUUGUUGCCCCAUUGGAUCAAGGAAUUAACUGCUGUAGGGCUUUCUCAGAAAAUAAGGGAAUAUUUUGCGACGAGUGCGAAACUCCGAAAUUAUGAGCUUCAAUACGUUCUUCAGGACAAAGGUAUUCUCCUCACAACAUACGACAUUGUAAGAAAUAAUGUGAAGUCCUUAUGUGGUGAUCAGUAUUACGAAGACAGAGAUGGGGAGUUGACAUGGGAUUAUAUGAUUCUUGAUGAGGGGCAUCUCAUAAAGAAUCCCAGUACACAGAGGGCUAAAAGUUUGCAUGAGAUUCCUUGUGCACAUCGUAUCAUAAUAAGUGGAACGCCUCUUCAAAACAACCUAAAGGAGUUAUGGGCUCUAUUUAACUUCUGCUGCCCUGGGCUGCUGGGCGACAAACAAUGGUUCAAAGAGAAAUAUGAGCAUCUCAUUCUUCGUGGAAAUGAUAAAAAUGCUUAUGACAGAGACAAGCGUAUUGGCUCAGCAGUUGCAAAGGAAUUGAGGGAACACAUUCAGCCAUAUUUUCUGCGACGUCUCAAGAGUGAGGUAUUUUCUGAUGAUUCCUCUACCAGCACAAAACUUUCCAAGAAAAAUGAGAUCAUUGUGUGGCUUAAAUUGACAAAUUGUCAGCGGCAACUCUACACUGCUUUCUUGAAGAGUGAGAUUGUCCUGUCAGCCUUUGAUAGGUCCCCACUGGCUGCACUUACUAUCUUAAAGAAAAUAUGUGACCAUCCACUACUACUAACAAAGAGGGCAGCGGAAGAAGUUCUUGAAGAGAUGGAUUCAACAUCAAACCAGGAUGACCGUGCUGUGGCAGAGAAAUUGGUUAUGCAAAUGGCAAAUGUCACUGAGAAACUUGACGAGGAAGUAUCACAUGAUGUUUCCUGCAAGAUAACAUUUAUACUGGCUUUGUUGGACAAGUUAAUUCCCGGUGGGCACAAUGUGCUUAUCUUUUCUCAAACACGCAAGAUGCUUAAUCACCUCCAAGAUGCUUUAAUAUCCAAUGGUUUCCAGUUCAUGAGGAUAGAUGGAACCACCAAAGCCACUGAUAGACUGAAGAUUGUUAAUGAUUUCCAAGAGGGUCCCGGUGCUCCAAUAUUUCUUUUAACUUCUCAAGUUGGCGGUCUAGGUCUUACACUCACUAGAGCAGAUCGAGUGAUUGUUGUUGAUCCAGCAUGGAAUCCAAGCACGGAUAAUCAAAGUGUUGACCGCGCCUACAGAAUUGGGCAGACGAAGGAUGUUGUUGUUUAUAGAUUGAUGACUUGUGGCACAGUUGAAGAGAAGAUUUAUAGGAAGCAGGUAUACAAAGGGGGAUUGUUCAAAACAGCAACUGAGCACAAAGAACAAAUCCGUUAUUUCAGUCAACAGGAUCUUAGGGAACUCUUCAGCCUUCCUAAAGAUGGUGGCUUUGACAUAUCAAAUACUCAAAAACAGUUGAAUGAAGAGCAUGAUCAUGAGCACAAAAUGGAAGAGACUUUGAAGGCCCAUGUAAAGUUUUUGGAGACUCUGGGUAUAGCAGGAGUUAGCAGCCAUAGUCUGCUUUUCUCAAAGACAGCGCCUGUGCAAGCUGUCCAAGAUGAGGACGAAGUGAAAAUUGCACGAGAGAGGAUGACAUACGCUGGGAACUCAUCAUCGCACUCAUCAGUUGAACGUGCUGUUGAUGCGAGUCAGUAUGCUUUUAAGCCAAAGGACGUGAAAUUACAGGAAAAGAAGUCUGUACCUACUAGAGUUGGUCCUACAGAAGCUGAUAUCAAGGACAGAAUCAGGCGGGUUUAUCUACUUUUAGCGAAGAAGGAUAUGAUUUCCAAGUUAUCUGAUAAAGGGCAGAACUUACAAAGACAACUUGCUGAACUGCAUAAGGAGCUGGAGAUUAUUGAAAUGGAAAAGGAAAACAAGGAUGAAAUUAUUGACUUAGAUGACAUCUCUGGACAAUUCCACAGGACUGUAAAUGUGUAAAUAUUGCUCAUGUCAUUUUUGACACUACAAAGUGGGAGCAUUUUUUGCCACAAAAAAAAUAAAAAAAUCUUGCAAUGUGGCCUCUUUGUUUACUUUUUGGGUAAACAGAUACCUGUAAUUAGUUUGACAUAUUUUUAGUUAGUUCCAUUAACCUUUUGGGAGA